GGAAGUGAUAGUUAAAGCUGAUAGCUAUAAUAAUACUUAAUAUGACUAUGGAUUGUACUAUGUGACGUGUGUGAGCGAGAUGUGAUUCGAGUGUUUUGAUUUUAUCAAAAAUAUAAAACUGACUUAAAAAGGAUUUGAUUAGUUAAGGAGAAAAAGUAAUUCUUAUUUUAAGUUUAAUUCAGUUUUUUAUAGUGUCUUGGUAAGUUAGGAUUACUUGACCCGAGCGGACUCUAUAUUCCAAAACAAGAAAUUGUUGAUGAUUUUCGUUCAGUUUUAUUCUGUUUAGUAAACUAUACCUUAUAUUAUAAAAUGGGCGAUAAAGACGAUUAUUUGACUACGUAUCGAGUGUUCUUUGAGAAUUUUGCGGCAACUGUUGAUCCUGAGGAUCAAUUGCCUGUGAACAUCGCGGGAUACACAAUUACGGAGGCGGAGUUGCCGGGAGAAGUAAUUUACUGGACCACACAGUAUUUGACUGAAAAACAAUGCCCUCUUACGUUGAUGGCUCCACUUCAGCGGAUCAUACUUGACGAAGUCCGCGUCGCCUCUAAAAAGCAUCCCAACGAAUUUGGAUAUAAUUCUGACGAAUCAGAGUACGUAGCCCUCCGAUUAAUGCAAGCAGUGACGGCACGCGUCAAUGACGUGUGCAUUCGAUAUUUGGACAAUUCCCGCCUCGACACACUCCCCCCGCCCCCUCCUCCGACGAUGAGAGAAUUUUGCACCGUCUCAUCUGCCACGAAAAAUGUAAGAAGAGUGAUGGAGGAUAGGCAUGUGGAGAUUGGCAAUCUUGAAGCCUUGUUUGGCAUUGAGACGACCGAGCCGACGAGCUUCUACGCGGUGUACGACGGGCACGCGGGCUCGGCGGCCGCCACGUACAGCGCGGCGCACGUGCACCAGUACCUGGCGGAGAGCCCGCACUUCGCGCGCGACCUGCGCCGCGCCAUCAACGACGCCUACCUGCGGACCGACGCUGAGUUCGUCCGGAAGAGCAAUCAGAAGCGCGCGUCGGGCGGCUGCACGGCGGUGUCGGUGUGCGUGCGCGGGCGGCGCCUGCUGGCGGCGUGGGCGGGCGACUCGCAGGCGCUGCUCGCCAAGCGCAUGCGCCUCAUGCAGCUCGUCAACCCGCACAAGCCCGACCGCCCGGACGAACGAGAACGAAUAGAGUCAUCAGGAGGCUCAGUGGUGUUCUGGGGCACGUGGCGCGUCAACGGACAGCUGGCGGUCUCGCGAGCUAUUGGUGACGCAAACUACAAACCGUACGUGACGGCGCGGCCCGAGAUAGCAGAGGUGGAUCUGGACGGUGACGAAGAUUUUGUGGUUGUCGCUUGCGAUGGUCUCUGGGACGUCGUCAGCGAAGACGCUGUUGCAUUGUCUGUUUACAACCAAUUAAUGAACGAUCCAGAUGACUUGAAGGCGGUGCCGAAGAAUUUGAUAAGAAUAGCAAAGAAGGAGGGCUCUGAGGACAAUAUUUCAAUAAUCGUGGUGUUCCUUAAGGACCCGCGUGAUAUUGUCGCCGACAACUGCCCGCCCAUGGACCUUGGGCUGGAUAACGCGGUGGUGAACGCACCACCGUUCGCCGUGGAGAAUGAAGCAAGUUGCAAGAUGGUGACAGCCGAGGCGGAAGGAAGAGACUGUGCCGAGGGUGGCGACAACGGUGUAUCUGACAGCGACAGUGACGACCUUGGCCCAGAGACGGCAGUAGACGUCGAUUUGGACAUAGACGAGGACGCAGAAAUGGACCAUAAUGAACCAGCUCCACCGACUCCACCAGCACAUACGGUGGAAGCCAGCCACGUCGACGGCAACUUAGUGGAUAAUGUAGCGGAGAGUGGCGAAGAGUCAGAAGACGAGUGGAAUUACUUCAAAGGCGAGGGCGAACAAGAGCAAAAUCCUAGCGAAGAGGUCGACGAGCCUCCGCGUUCUGAAACACCUUGUCAGGAUAAUUCUGCUUGGGAAAGCAGCUCAGUAGACAUGAACAGCUCACCACUUAACCCAGACGCUCCAGUCUUCGUGCCGGGCGGAGUAGCAGGAUCUGAUGUGUUGCUGGCAGAAUCUCCACGCAAGCCGUUACCUAUGGAUGAUAUAGAGUUACCUGAUGUUGCCCAGUUCCAGACUGAGGCUGUCAUCAGACCUGCUGAACUUCAAGACUUGGAUAAUUGUGAUCAGCUAAAUGGACAUCAUAAUAUAUCAAUGGAAGGGGUAACACAACACUUGAAUGGCAAUGAAAAGUGUGAAAUGGAAAGCUUAGGAUUUGGAUUUAGUGUAGGAAUAGAACAAGAUAAAAUUAAAGAUACAAGUUUAUUUCAAGAUUUUGAAAGAAUACAAAAAGAUACAACAGACUUUUGUAACAUUCAGGUAUUUCCAGCUCAUACAGAAACAAAUCCCUUUAGUGUUGAUGGUAAUGAUGAACUCUUUGAAAGGCUAAAAAAUAAAGAAAAUGAUCCUAUGAGUAUGAGUUUUUACCAAGAAAAAGAUGAUGACACUUGUGAAAGAUUUGGAAAAAUUGGAUCACAUGUUGACUUGAAUGCAGUACAGCCUCUUCCUGACAGUGACGAUGAAGAUAUUCAACCAAAUGGAGUUUGUGAGAAUGUUAAUGAAAACAAAGAAAACAUUUCUCCUGAAGAGAGAACAAAUUUAUUAAAUUUAGAACAAGAUAUUCAAGAGCCAAACAAUGACAUUAAUAGGUUUGAAGACAGAUCAGAAAUUGUUGAAAACAAUGUUUCAAGUUUAGAUAAUUUUGUGGACUUCAAUAUUCAAAAUACAAAUAUGCAAAAUUAUACUAAUACAGAGUUUGAUUGUAACAUUCAACAAGAAACUGUUGCUCAAACAGAUACACCUGAAUCUCACAAACUUCUCUUUGAACAAAUACCAGAGAUACCAGAUGGUAAAAGUUCAGAACUAGGAUUUACGAAUGAGGACUUAUUGGACCCUUCAGAUAGUGAUAAAGAUGUAAGAGUUAUAACUCCACAAGAUGAAACUUCUCAAGAUAUUGAAAUGGAAAUUAAAUUUGAUGAAUCACCGUCUGAAGAAGUACAACCAGAAAAUGUUACUGAAUUUAAAGAUGAUCAAGUAGAUGAAGAAAGUUCUGAAAAAAAUCAUCUAUUAAAGAAUUCCUCUGAAUUAGAAGAAAAUGAAAUAGUGACAGAUACUGCAAUUAGUCCCGAAAUUAACGAAGAAUUAAACUGUGAACAUGCAUUUUCUUCACAACACAUUAGUGAACAAGAAAUCAUUAAACCAUGUUCACCGGAAAUGGCUCAAGAAAAUGUAGUAGUUGAAGUUCAUGAGUCUCCAGAAUCUGAACUCAAUGAUUUGAAUGAGGAGAAUAUUAUUGACGAAAUACAAAUUGAUACUGGUAAUGGUAAAAAAGAUUUAGAUUUAUCAGAAUUUGCCUUUGACGCUCCCGAAAUCAAGUUUGAAAAAGAAGAAGACAAUGAAUUGCAGAAGCUAGAAACAGAGUUCCCGACAGAGUCGCCAUCGCCGUCUCCUGCACUGAGUGAACCAUUUAUAACGAGUGAUUCUCCAUUACCGGUGCAUGAGUCGCCACUUCUCAAGGAGUCUCCAUUGCCGCAAGAAUCUCCAUUGCCUCAAGAUUCUCUGUUACAACAAGAAUCUCCUUUGCCGCAAGAGAUUUCUUUGCCGCGCGAGUCUCCGUUGUCACAAGAUACUUUACUGCCUAGAGACUCUCCCAUACCAAGUGAGUCUCCACUUCCACAAGAGACUUUACAUCCUCGGGAGUCCCCAUUACCACUAGAGUCACCAGUACCAAGUGAGUCUCCAUUGCCUCAAGAGUCCCUAUUGCCUCAAGAGUCUUCAGUACCAAGGGAAUCACCACAGCCUCAAGACUUUUCAGUGCAACGAGAAUCUCCAAUAACUCAAGAGGCUCUAUUACCAGAGGAGUCAUCCAUGCCGGGAGAGUCACCUUUACCCAGUGAGUCACUUAUUCCAUCUGAGUCACCAUUACCUAUUGAGUCACUAAUGCCAUCUGAGUCACCACUUCCAAUUUCAUCACCUGUACCGGCCAAACUUGUCGAACCCAUAUCAUCCCCCAUUUCAAAGUCGCCACAUCCUUCAGAAUUAGAAGAAAUUGAAACAACUGCACCAAAUCCAUCACCAUUACCCUCACAAACAGUAUUGGAAUCACAAUCACCAUUACCGUCACAAACAACUUUGGGAUCACAGUCACCAUUACCCUCAAAUGAUAGUUUUGAACCUCCAGUACCAGCUGAGGUUCCACUACCUAGAGAAUCUCCCUUACCUGAAGAAAAAAUUGAUAAAGACACAGUGCAUGAUAGUGAGGUACCGGAAGAAAGGGAAACACUUUUGACUGCAUCACCUUUACCUAAUGAAAUCACAACACCCAUAGAACCUUCUAUUGCUGAAACACAAACAGCAUCGUCACAGCAUUUAGAUUUAGAUAUGGAAACAACAGAGACUCAAAUUGAUUCUAAUAUUUCAGUUGAACAAAAUGAGUGUAAAGAAACAGAAAGAAAAUCACCUUAUCCUGUAGAAGAAACAUCUGUAUCACCAAUGAUAGUGCAAUCGUUUCAAAAUACUGAUUCUUUUAUAUCCGUGGAAGUAUCCCGGUCUACCGAAUCGCCUGUACCUGUUGAACCUGUUCAUACGGAACCAGUACCAUUAGAACAGGAAAUAUCUAUAGAAUCGUCUGUAGUGGAAACUUUACCUGUUGAAUCAGAAAUCACAAGUGUAUCUCCUGCGCCUGUCGAUGUGAUCACGGAUACGACACCUGCAGCACCUUCUCCAAUGCCCGUAACGGAUUCAGUCGAAAUUGAAGUUGUUGCUUCUGAGAUUCAACAGUCAACAUCCGAAAUUAGCGCUCCGGCUCCCGACAUAGUACCGGAGGAACGCCCGCUUACUGUACUAGUCACCGAUAUAGAUAUCGGUAUUCCCGAAUCUAGAGCCCAAGAAAUUUGUGUUCCUGUUACCAGUGAAAUUCAACACGACGAUACCGCACAACCUGGAGCAGCUACACCCCCUCCGACUCCCGCAGUCGAGCCCGCUCAACCCUCUGCCCUCGGCGAGGCACCCAUCGCCGCCGCCACAGCCGCCGUAGCCGCCGCCGCUGCUGUAGUCACAGCUGUCGCCGCGACAACAGCGAAAACGAAAUCGACCGGAUCUCCGAAAAAAUCUCCUACGACACCCACUGCUAAAGCGGCUACAUCGAAGACGACAUCUAAAACGACACCCGCCGCACGAACACCAGCCUCGGUGACGAAACGUUCUGCUCCCACAUCGACUACGAGCACGCCGCGGACACCGGCGACGGCCGCCCCACGCACUGGUGCCGCUCGCCCCUCGCCGGCCUCGGCCACCAAGCCCUCGUCGACCGCGCGACCCGCCACUAAGCCAGCGGCGUCGCCCGCUACGAAGGCCGCUCCUAAACCAGCCUCAGCACCCGCGCCAGUACGAGCAGCAGCGCCUGCACGUUCCGCGCCAGCUGCACGCCCCGCUCCCAAGGCACCCGCCACGAAACCCGCCACAACAGCGUCGGCAAAGACGGCUGCGGCACCGUCGAGAGCUGCCGCGGCACCGGCGGCCCGACCCGCCGCUCGACCUACUUCAGCGGCUCGCCCGCUAUCUACUGCCGCUCCUAUCGCUAAACCCAAGGACGUAAAGCCGAAAACUGUAGCUGCGCCCUCGAAGCCAAUGACGAAUGGCGAUGUCAAAGCUCCCGCUAAGCCGCCGACUCGCGCGCCGAUCACCCGCCCCGCGUCGCGCCCGGCCGCCCCCGCCGCCGCUCCACCUAAACCUGCUGCGCCAAAACCCGCGGCGCGCGCUCCUCUCGAUAAACAGAGCAAAGAUCUCGCUAACAAGCGCAUUACCGCCAAGGCUGCUCCUCCGAGGACUACGACUGCCAAGGCUUUGGCUGGAUCGAAGGCUGUCCCAGCAAAAGUGGGAGUCAAGAAGCCUGUAGACAAGAAGAGAGCGACGGAGAAGACGCUGGCGAAUGGCGCAGACGAACCGCUGAAGGCGCCGCCCAGCCCACCCACUGACAACGCGCUGUUGCCCGACGUGAUCGCGUAGAUCGUCGAUGCGAUUCCGAUUCCUAUUAUUUUCCGCUUGAAUUUUGUGAUUUUCUAUAAGUGUAUGAUAGUUUUAACGCUGCCCGUAGCGGCGAGACGUUAGGUGCGGGAGACGUCUCCCAUUUUAUAUUAUAGAGUCGCUUUUAAUAGAUGUGUACGUUGCCGAUUCGUUGUGUGCGGGUGUCGACGCCACCGAACCGGCCCCGGUUUUAAGCCGGUUCGGCCUGGCCCGGCCCUACACGGUUAUUAUCCAAUAUUAUGAGUCUGUUUAGAAUUUUUAUAUUACCGACGAAUGAUUGAUUUUAAAUCUGGCUUUUAAUUUAUUUUCUUUGUAUAACCGUAUUAUUUAAAUAAAAUUGUGAAGAAGGACUGA